AUGGUUGGAUAUUACUGUUGCUCUUGGAUUUCACUCAGUUUAUUUCCUUUUAGGAGACGCAGGUCAGAAUGGAGAUGGGCUGCAGACCGGGCAGCUAUUGUCAGCCGCUGGAACUGGCUUCAGGCUCAUGUUUCUGACUUGGAAUAUCGAAUUCGUCAGCAAACAGACAUUUACAAACAGAUACGUGCUAAUAAGGGGUUGAUAGUUCUUGGGGAGGUACCUCCCCCAGAGCAUACAACAGACUUAUUUCUUCCACUUAGUUCUGAGGUGAAGACAGAUCAUGGGACUGAUAAAUUGAUUGAGUCUUUUUCUCAGCCAUUGGAAAACCAUGGUGCCCCUGUUAUUGGUCAUGUUUCAGAGUCACUGUCUACCAAAUCAUGUGGAGCACUCAGACCUGUCAAUGGAGUUAUUAACACUCUUCAGCCUGUCUUGGCAGACCACAUUCCAGGUGACAGCUCUGAUGCUGAGGAACAAUUACAUAAAAAGCAGCGACUGAAUCUAGUCUCUUCAUCAUCUGAUGGCACCUGUGUGGCAGCCCGGACACGUCCUGUACUGAGCUGUAAGAAACGGAGGCUUGUUCGACCCAACAGCAUUGUUCCUCUUUCCAAGAAGGUUCACCGGAACAGCACAAUCCGCCCUGGCUGUGAUGUGAAUCCCUCCUGUGCAUUGUGUGGUUCAGGCAGCAUCAACACUAUGCCUCCCGAAAUUCACUAUGAAGCCCCUCUGUUGGAACGUCUUUCCCAGUUGGACUCUUGUGUUCACCCUGUUCUAGCAUUUCCAGAUGAUGUUCCCACAAGCCUGCAUUUCCAGAGCAUGCUGAAAUCUCAGUGGCAGAACAAACCUUUUGACAAAAUCAAACCUCCCAAAAAGUUAUCACUUAAGCACAGAGCACCCAUGCCGGGCAAUCUGCCAGAUCCAGCUCGUAAGGACAGGCACAAAUUGGUCAGCUCCUUCCUAACAACAGCCAAGCUGUCCCAUCACCAAACCCGGCCUGACAGGACCCACAGGCAGCACUUAGACGAUGUGGGGGCCGUGCCCAUGGUGGAGCGAGUGACAGCGCCAAAAGCAGAGCGCUUGCUCAACCCACCGCCACCCGUGCAUGACCCAAACCACAGCAAAAUGAGAUUGCGAGACCAUUCAUCUGAGAGAAGUGAAGUGUUGAAGCAUCACACAGACAUGAGCAGUUCGAGCUACUUGGCAGCCACCCACCAUCCUCCACACAGUCCCUUGGUGCGACAGCUCUCCACCUCCUCAGACUCCCCUGCACCCGCCAGCUCUAACUCACAGGUUACAGCCAGCACAUCGCAGCAGCCAGUUAGGAGGAGAAGGGGAGAGAGCUCAUUUGAUAUUAACAACAUUGUCAUCCCAAUGUCUGUUGCUGCAACAACUCGCGUAGAGAAACUGCAAUACAAGGAAAUCCUUACUCCCAGCUGGCGGGAGGUUGAUCUUCAGUCUCUGAAGGGGAGUCCUGAUGAGGAGAAUGAGGAGAUUGAAGACCUAUCUGACGCAGCUUUCGCCGCCCUGCAUGCCAAAUGUGAGGAGAUGGAGAGGGCACGGUGGCUGUGGACCACGAGUGUGCCACCCCAGCGGCGAGGCAGCAGGUCCUACAGGUCAUCAGACGGCCGGACAACCCCCCAGCUGGGCAGUGCCAACCCCUCCACCCCCCAGCCUGCCUCCCCUGAUGUCAGCAGUAGCCACUCUUUGUCAGAAUACUCUCAUGGUCAGUCCCCUAGGAGCCCCAUUAGCCCGGAAUUGCACUCAGCACCCCUCACCCCUGUGGCUCGGGACACUCCGCGACACUUAGCCAGUGAGGAUACCCGUUGUUCCACGCCAGAGCUGGGUCUGGAUGAACAGUCUGUCCAGCCCUGGGAGCGGCGGACCUUCCCCCUGGCGCACAGUCCCCAGGCGGAGUGUGAGGACCAGCUGGAUGCACAGGAGCGAGCAGCCCGCUGCACUCGACGCACCUCAGGCAGCAAGACUGGCCGGGAGACAGAGGCAGCACCCACCUCGCCUCCCACUGUCCCCCUCAAGAGUCGGCAUCUGGUGGCAGCAGCCACAGCACAGCGCCCAACUCACAGAUGAGCGGGAGAUAAGAAUCUAAACAGACUCACUAACUAUUGGCAUUAAAGCUUCAGAAAUCUCUGCGUUUGAUAUUCAAACAUCAUAUGCCGGAAAUUUUCACAGUUUUUAGUGAACUUAAGGAAUUUAGAUCCUACUUUGGUAUUUUUUUUCUCUCGUUUUAAUUUUUGUUUUGUUUUUGUUUCCAUGUUUUCUUGUCACACACCUGAGCACUUCCUCCCGUUGGCAAACAGAAGUUCAGGAUGAGACCCUGCUGGCCUGGUCCUGGCACAUCCUCUGCACUGUUGAAUCACUGGACUUACCAAUCGAAGAUGACCACCCCCUCCCUCACACCUGUGGGCAGGGCAGAACAGCCUGGCGGGCAGAGGGCUCCAGUUGAGCGUGGCCUUCUCGAGCGAGGGUGGAAUGGGGCAGGGUGCUCUGGGUUCUUACCCCCUCCCCUCCCAUCUGUGGCUUGGCUCAGCUGUGGCCCUCCUGGCUGGGUCCCCCUUGGUUUUUCGUGCUGGAACAUCCCCACCAGAGCCUCUCUGCCGCAACUGCCAGCUGCUCUCACCGAGUGCUCAGCCGGCAGAACAGCUUUCCCUUCUCACCCAGAACUUAGAUACCUAUUUUUUGUUUCAUCUGCAUUUGGUCUUCUCUGUUUUGACUCUUUAACUGCAGUAACCUGGCUGUGGCUGCUCAGGUUCCCCUCAUCAUGACCCUUGGUACCCUUCCCUGUCCGCUCUCCAAUGCCACAUACACACUGACAACCCAUCCUUCCACUCGGAAUGUUUUUACCACCUAUCCUGAUCUCUGAAGGUAGGGUUAGGGCUACUUAACCUCUGUUCUCACUCCCCUGCAAAUGGGGGGUUGUGGGAAGUGAGCAGCCAUCUCCCUGUGUGAUGUUUUUUUUUUUUUUUCUCUGAUUCACUUUGCCAUGUUUCCUUCACAUCCAGAUCCCUGUCGGUGUUAGUUCCACUCCUGGUCUUUCACGCUUCCCUUGCCUGUGGAACAUUGUCUGGUCCUAGCUGUGGUUCCCAUUGUUCCCCCUUCACCCUUCUCUGUUAACCUUGUGCCUGUCUCCUGUAUGAUCACAUCACCAAAAAGGGGGAGGGGGGGAGAAGACUUUUUUUUUUUGGCCAUUUUGUAAUCGUAUAAAAAUAGUAGACAACUGCUUAAUGGUUGGGGUUUUUUCACAAUUUUCAACAUUAGUGAUUUUUUUUUUCUGUUUGCAAGUUAAAGGGUUUGUCAUUGUUUCUUUAAAAAAAAAUACAAUAAUGCACCAUAUCCCUAUGCAUAAAGUGCUUCUUCUAUUUAUAAGGUUGAAAAUUCUGAAUAACCCUUUUAGCAUUGAAAAAAAAAAAACAAAAACAAAAAAUGAAAAAAAAAUUGUAUUUUGUAAAUAUUUUCUUUUCCUGCUUUGGAGCUGUGUAAUGGCAGCGAAACAUGUAGCUGUCUUUGUUCUAUAGAAAUGCUUUUCUUCAGAGAAGCUGAUCUUUGUUAAUGUCUUGAUUCUGUUCGCAAAGCACAGACUAGUGCUUAAAAAAAAAAGAAGGAAAAAUUGAAAAAAAUAAAAAAAAAAGUUACAGAA